AUGAAUGCUGUUUUGGAUACCUUCAGCCAAGGGACAACAAAAUCACUCGGUGGACCCUCUGCUAUAGCGAUUCCGGACCCUCGUCUCUUGGAUGACUAUGACGACACGGCAUCCAAGUUCCCGGCUGAAACUGCGCUGGAUUAUCGCUUUGAGGUUGAAAAACAACUACUUUGGGGCGUAGAUCCGCUGGACACCUACACUGGCACGCUCUCGUGUCGCAUAUCGGACGCUGGAACAAGUGGUCUAGGCGUGUACGCAACGUCUUCGAUAACACGGGGCCAGGUUCUGGUCCGCGAAAUACCUCUCCUCAUUUAUCCGCAACUUCUGCCGUAUCGUGCUAGCUCCGGUCGUCACUACGCCGAGCUCGAGGAUGCGCUUGAGCUUCUAUCGCCGCAGAGGCGUGCAGCAUUCUUCAGCCUUGCGAACUGCCAUCCUCUAGAUCCCUCUGUCGCCAAAUCUAUCAUUGACACCAAUUCGCUUCACAUCGGCAAGCUCCCUGGCGGCGUGUACCAGUAUGGCGCCGUAUGCGUAGAUAUUUCUAGGAUCAACCAUAGUUGCUCUCCUAAUGCCGUCUACCGUUUCGAGCCGGCGACCCUCACUUUCGAAGUCCGAGCCCUCUCGCCCAUUCCUUCGGGCGCACAAGUCUUCAUCUCUUACAUCGACCCCGCCCUCCCUCGCGCCAAACGUCAGGAAGCACUCUCUUCGUAUGGAUUCACCUGUGCAUGCACGGCGUGCGCCCUCACCGGCCCCGCCCUCUCCCAAAGCGAAACACGACGUGCGAUGAUAGCCCGCGCCGACUCGGACGUAGGCUCGCGCGAUGCGGCUCUAGAGCUCUGGGCGCGAACCCCGAGUAUCCUGGACGACUUCGUCAACCGCGUCGACAAGAUGUACAUGGAUAUGUUCGACAACGAGGAGCUCUACUACGAGCCCGUUUGGGAGGCGUUCGCCGUCCGGCUUUGCAAAGCCUGUUGUGCGCUCGAAGACGGCGAUGGAGCGCGGAAGUGGGCGCGCUUGGCUGCGGAACUCAAUACCGCGUAUACCGGGAGCAGUCGAGGGUGGGCCGCGGUUGCCGUUGCUCCGGAGCGUGAUUCGAUAUUCGCCCCUGAGGAACACACGGUCUUAUGGAGCAAGUAUGAAUCAGUUACCAAGCACCUCGCCCCAAUCAUGGCACCCUCUCUCAACCUGAACAAUCUGCCUGCCGAUACACUCACAGCGUUUUCGGCGUACGAUAGUUCACUCGCUGCCCUUCUUUUUGGCUGUUUAUUCGGCUCCAUGCUCUAUGCGUUGAUGCUUCACCAAACGUACCGGUAUUAUCGAAUGUACCCCCACGACAGAUGGGUGUUGAAGAGCUUGGUCCUCGUUAUCGUUCUUAUGGAGACAUUCCAUACGGUCCUAUGGAUCCUCAGCACUUACCACUAUCUCGUCACCGAAUUCCUCAACCCCUUCGCCGUCAUCAGAACCCAUUGGACAAUCAAGCUCUCGAUACCAGUCACGACUAUCACGGUGAUGUUCAGCCAGAGCUUCUACGCCGGCAGGGUCUACUAUAUCGGCCCCCAGCCCAAGUACAGGCUCCUUGUUGCCGCAGCGGUCUUUGUCAUGCUGCUGUACCUCGGAUGGAGCUUCGCCGCCACCGUCGAACUCUGGCGUGCCACGACCAUCUUCGAUUGGUCACACUGGACUUGGAUGGUCUCGGUCGGGUACGGCCUCGGCUUGCUGUGCGAUCUGAUUACUACCUUAGCCCUCAUCUUCGUACUGCGACGUAGCCGCACGGGCGUGAAACGGACUGAUACCGUUAUCGAUGCGCUCAUGCUGUACACUAUCAAUACCGGACUGCUAACCACCAUCUUCGGUUUACUCACCUUCAUCUUCGCCGUGGUCUCCCCAGACACCGCCAUCUAUGCAGGGUUCACCAUCCCUGGAAUCAAAUUGUACUCCAACUCUGUGCUGGCCACACUGACCUCGCGUCGCGCCCUGUCAGAGCGUAUGACGCGCGGCCUUGAGGCCUGCUCACAGGAACAGGAGCGUGGCACGCGCCUACAAUCCGUGGACACUGUGCUCGAGACAUGGAGCGUCCGACAGGGUUCCGUUACGUGGCCAGACACGAUGAACUCUGCGAGAAGUGUGGGAACCCACGAGGAAAGCGCCGAGCCCCCUUCCGCACGCUGA